AUGCGACCAACACUCGUUCUUCGCGCGACUCAACACCGCACUCCGCUGAUCAAAUUCAUCGGCAAGAGAACACCCCCAAAACAAACAGAUCACACCCCCAAACCUCACCCAGCCUCUCCCACCCACAGUCUCCCCGACAGCUUCGCCAACUACCGCUCCAAAGCCCAACAACACGGUCCUCUCGGCGGCGGACAGAAUGGGACUGGGAACAAUAGCUCAGCCCCCAUAUCCUCGACGCCCUUCGGUGCAGCAAGCUUGGGCGUCAUGACGUACGGUGCCGUCGGCGGCAAAGCAGGCCGUUCCUUAGGCUCAGUUCAGCCAAAAGAGGGUGAAUACUUUGACAGAAACGAGCUUCCCAGACGGUUCUGGCGGACCCAGUGGUCGGAAGAGGAGAUCGAAGCAGUCACCAGUGGAGGCGCGAGUAUGUUCGGUUGA